UUACAUGUUUGGCUCUGUAAUUAACUGUUGUCACUGUAAUUGUCACUGUCAAACUGCUUUCAUUAGCAACACCAGCAACUCAUCAUGCACUGGAUCACUCUGGCUCUAUUGUUUCUCUCAGCCACCUUGGCCCUGUGUAAUGAAGAGUAUCCACGGUUUGGCUGUGCUAAAUAUGAUGAGAUUAUUCGUGGCUGUGAGAAGAUAUAUCGCCCUGUGUGUGGUACCAAUGGAAAGACAUAUGGAAAUGAAUGUAUGUUGUGCCUGGAGAUGAAACAACGCCAAGCAAUGGGUGAGAAUAUUAUCAUUGGAGUGGCAGCAGAUAGAAGAUGUGAGGAGUGAGCGUCAGACCCUCAUCUUUCUUGACAUAGUGUAUGAUAAGCUUAUAUAUCUGUUUGAUUUUUGGAAUAAAUGAAGCAUAACCUAACA